AUGAUAAGAAGAAAUGAGAGGUUUGAUCAUAAAUUAACAAAAAUAUAGAAUCUGUAAUAUAGCCAAAAUAGAAUUCUAAAAGAUUAUAGACAAAGGAAAUUUUUGUUCUUGAAAUAAAGAGUAGAAAAAACUAUUGAUACUCAAAAUAUGAAAAGCAGAAUAAGAAGACUUGCCUCUGUACAUGAAAACCUAAUGAAAGUAAAAGGACAAAUAAUAUUUUAAAUAUCAAAUAAAUGGAUUAAUAAACACUAUGUGAAUAGAAUAAGUACAAAAUUAAUCUUUUUAAAUUAAUAAGGAAUAAAAUGUGCUAUUAAUAUAAAUUGGAUUGCAACGCAAUGA